AUGGAGGAUGCAAACGAAAUCAAGCGACUAUGUCGAGUCGCAGUCCAGAGUGUUCCUGAUGUCGACCAGAGUCACGUAGAUCUGAUGGUCUCUACUCUACUCUCGUUGCCUGAUUCGCUAGCCACUGAAAGGUCCUUCGACCGAGCCUUUGAAGACUUGCUGGAGUCUUCCGGUGAUGAGUCUACUGUCGACCGCGGACUCCAACUCGCUGCCCGUCUCCUCGAGUCCGCUAAAAGGUGCGCUCGGAGACGCGCCACACACCACAACACCAUUUCUUGGCCGCUCCCUCAUGAACUCACCGUUAAGAUCUUUGGGUUGGUGGAUACCAAAUCGUUGGUCCAAGCGUCGGCUUCUUGUACCAUGUUCAAGAGAAGUUCGAUGGACCCGUUUUGUUACGGGGACAUAGACUUGACCAACGUUAAUGUUAAAAGUAUAGUUGUGCGUGGUAUGAUCUUUAGAGCUGGAAAGGAACUCAGGUCCCUUAAAGUUGGUUGCGCAGAUGAACCAACCAAAUCUCUGCUUACAAGAUCUUGUCUCGACCCACUGUCUUACGAUCAUGGUUUAGCUGGGAAUCUCUUGGAGAGCCUACACAUUUACAAUCACGACGGAAAGCUGAGAAAGUCCAUAUGUGGUGCGUUGUCAGUCUGCUCAAAUCUGACUGAUUUGAAGAUUGUUGGAUUGGAUAUCCAUACAGUAAGUGAUAUAGUCGAUUUUCUCACAAUCAAAUGUGAGCAUCUGUUCUUACAGAACGAGAAUUUUGUUGUAUGGAGCCACUUAACUGGUUCGCACUUUGAGAAAAGCUGCCCCAAUCUCACUUCACUGUCACUUAUAGGUUUUCACAUAACAGACGACGAAGCCUACAAGUUAUUAAUGGGUUUGCAUAAACUUAAGUACAUUGACUUAUCCAGAACAUCUGGAUUUGGAGGAUCCUUCUUGAGACGCGUGUGCGAUAACAUCAAAGAUGCUCUGAUCGAGACUAUAAUACUGCGAGAUUGCGUCGGGUUAAGGGAGAGAAUGGUUUGCCAGUUUUUGCAUGCGUUACUCUCAGGAGACUUGAGGUUCAUGCAACAUAUUGAUGUUUCAAAUUACCAUGGAUUACUUUGUGGCGAGAGGAGUAAUAGAAAACCAAAGUUUCCUCUGGAAGAGCUGGAAGUAGAAAGACCUGGUCUUACAUUUGUGGCAGAUUUUAUACCAUCACCAUAUUCAUUUUUAUCGUCAUCUGAUGAUUCAUCAUCAUCUCAUGCAUCAUCUCAUUCAUCAACGGAUUCAUCAGCAUGA